CACAGCAUUCCAAGAGCCUCCACUGUCUUGUAACUCUGUACCACAAUGUCAUCUUCUCUAAUCUUCCUCCUGCUCUUAGCAUCAUUGUCCAUUAUUGCAGAUGGGGAGCAACUCAUAGUUGUAAAUAAUUGCAAUGAAAGUAUAUGGCCUGGAAUACUUGGUGGUGCGGGCCAAGACACCCCCAACAAUGGCGGCUUUCACCUUGGUUGCGGUGAGGAAGUGGUUUUUGAUGUGCCACAGAGGUGGUCGGGGAGGAUAUGGGCUAGGCAAGGUUGUUCCUUUGAUGGUAAUGGGAAAGGUUCGUGUACCACCGGCGACUGUGUUGGAUUACUUCACUGCCAAGGCAUUAGUGGUACACCUCCAGCAACUCUAGUGGAAAUGACCCUUGGCACGUCCUCUUCCCCAUUACAUUUCUAUGAUGUUAGUUUGGUGGAUGGCUUCAAUUUGCCAGUUUCUAUGAAGCCUGUUGGCGGUGGAGUCGGCUGUGGAGUUGCCUCCUGCGAUGUUGAUGUGAACAUUUGUUGCCCAUCAGCAUUGGAAGUGAGGAGCGGAGGCAAGGUAGUGGGAUGCAAGAGUGCCUGCUUGGCGUUGCAGUCAGCGAAAUACUGCUGCACUGGCGAGUUUUCUAACCCGAAAACCUGCAAGCCUACUGCCUUUGCGAAUCUGUUCAAGGCCAUUUGCCCGAAGGCAUACAGCUAUGCUUUUGAUGACCCUAAAAGCCUUAACAAAUGCAGAGCAUCGCGAUAUGUCAUCACUUUCUGCCCUCCUAAAUAGAGGGAUAAUAGAAGUUGGGAUCAUGGCUUUGUUAGAAAGGAAAUGUUCACCAUUCUUCUUUCUAAAUUAGAUACUAUAAUCAGAAAGAAUGUUGCUAGUGAACUUCUUGGAAAAAGUUUAUUUUCCUCUAUAAUUUGGUUCUAUAUAUUGAUAUAUUAUUGAUAAUGGUGAUGCAUAGUAUGCAUUCUAUCGUUUAUCCACUACAAGACAACAGAUUUAUGGAGUAAUUAAACUAAGAUUUCAAUU